UAUGAUUGAUGAAUAAUAAACAAUGAAUAAAUAAAUAAAACCAAAUUGAUUAUUGAUGAUAAUGAUGAUUACGAAUCAUCGAUUCGAAUUCUCGGAAUUGUCAAUCAUUAAUUGUUUUGAUUUUAAUUUGUCGAUAAUUACCAUAGGAAUCGGUUAUCAAUAAUAUCUGUAAAUGUGUAUCUGUUUGUUUAGUUGUUAUCAUCACUCAUUUCAUAGGGAGUUAAUCUUAAUAUAUUUUUGAGAUUCUUAAAAAAAAAUAUAUAAGCAAUGGAAACGCUAGAUCCAAAUGUUGGACCUUCCAAUCGGAUCCUAUUUCGUCAUGAUGGUAAAACCUAUGAAAAGGUUCAAAUUUUAGGCCAAGGAUCAUUUGGUUAUGUUUUUCUAUGUCGUAAACAAAGUGAAACCGAAUGUCAAUAUGUUGCAUUGAAAACGCUUGAUGCAAAUUCACUUGAAGCUGAUCAAAUUGAUUUGACCAUCAAUGAGAUAAGAAUACUAUCCAUAUUGAAUCAUGAAAAUAUCAUAAAAUAUAAUGGAAGUUUUUUGUGGCGAGAUAAAUUCUAUAUUGAAAUGGAAUAUGCUGAUGCCGGAACAUUGAAUUCAUUUCUUGAUUCAUUAAAUUGUCCAUUACGUGAAUACGAAAUUCUUGCACUAUUUCUACAGCUAGUAACAGCCGUACGAUAUCUACAUCGUAAUAAUGUUAUUCAUCGUGAUAUUAAAACGAAGAAUAUUUUCUUAAAUAAACAAGGCUUUAUUAAAUUAGGUGAUUUUGGUAUAUCGAAAAUUUUGGAUCCAAAUAAAGAUGCUAGAUCGUUUGUCGGUACACCACUCUAUCUGUGUCCAGAGAUUUAUGCGGGAAAAGCCUAUAAUAAACCGGUGGAUAUCUGGUCAUUAGGAUGUGUCCUUUUUGAAAUGUCACUUACAUCGAAUAAAAGUAUAUUUGAGGACAGUGUCAUUGCUCGGUUAAUGCCGAAGAUUAUCAAAGGUCACCAUUAUCAUCUACCAUUGAAUGGACAAUAUUCUAAAUCGUUUAAAAAAUUAAUCUAUAGCCUAUUACAACGUAAUCCGAAUAAACGACCAACAGCUGUAUAUAUUGAACAACAGGUAGCAUUCAUGAUGAAUCAUUUGUCGGCCAGAAAUCUAGAAAAUAUAAGUUGUUGUUCGAUUCCAAAUAUUGUUAUGGAUUCAUCGAAUCGAAAAUAUUUGCAUCAUGAUCAAAGACAGAAUUUUAUCAAUCAUUGUUCGUAUGUUUGUCAAUUAGAUCUUUCUCGAUCGGAUAUGGAUGUUGCAUUAAUGAAAAUAACAUGUUCACAUCAUUCGUCCUUUAGACAAAUAGUCAAAAGUGAUAAUCACUAUAUUGCUUUAUCGAACGAUAAUCGUGUAUAUUCAUGGGGUGAAGGCUCAAAUGGGGAACUUGGCCAUGGUCCAGAGACAAUUUCAUUGAAAAAUGCAAAACUAAUACACUUGUUGAGCCAUUAUUCAAUCAUAAAAAUUGGCUGUGGUCGUGGAUUCAGUGUUUUUGUCGAUCGUAAUGGUAUGGUUCUUACUUGUGGUAGUCAUCGUAGCUAUUGUUUAGGUAACGAUGAAAGAACCGAUAGAUUUCGACCGACUAUUGUAAAUGAAUUAUUGGAAAUCAAUGUUAUUGAUGUUGACUGCAGUGAAGAUCAUGUUGUCGUUGUCAGUUCUGAUGGUCAUGUUUAUGGUUGGGGCUCUAAUCUAAAUGGAAAACUUGGUCUUGCCAAUCAACAACAGGUGAUUGUCAUUCCCACUUGUAUCCGGUUAGAUUGUCGAAUCAAAAAUGUAAUUUGUGGUCCCAAUGCAACAGCAUUCAUUGAUUAUUACGGUUCUAUUUGGCUUUGUGGUGAUAAUCAAUACAAUAAAUUAGCACUGGACGAUUAUCAAUUUGGUCAUUGUUUGUGGAACAAACAGAUUAUGAUGGCUACAAGACCAAUUCAAUGUCAAGCCAUCAAAGGUCGAGUUAAAGAUGUAUGCUUAGGUGAGACGCAUUCAUUUUUCAUACUUCAUGAUGAUACCAUUAUAGCUGCUGGUGAUAAUUCCUAUGGACAGCUAGGUCUUCGCCAUUGCAAUCCAAUCGGGAGACCGAUACGAGUUUCUCCGUUAAAACCAAAACAAAAAUUCAAGACAAUCAAAGUUGGACGAUUUUUCACUGCAAUUCUAACGGAUAAUUCACUCUAUUUUAUCGGUGUUCGUAAUUUACGAUCAACGGAAUCACAAUCAACACCUAAUUCAUUUGAAAAUGGUGAUGAUUUUAUCAUUGCCAAUUGUAAUGAAUCAGUGAUGGACAUAAUCAAAACCUAUGGACCAGAUUAUCCGAUAAUUAAAAUAUCGAAACCAAAAAUAAUCGUUCGAACAGCCAGUGAUCUUGUACAUAUUGAUUGUCAUCGUCAUCUUAUAUUGUUUGCACAAUCAAUCAUUAAUGUUUACAAAACGAAAACUUCACCAGAACAUUCGAUACAAUUAAACGAUAUUUAUUGUCAUAAGGAUUUCAUAUAUGUUUUAAUCGAUUCGAUUCAGAAACAAGAUACACCACCAAAACAUAUGGAUUCGCUUUCAUCAGAAUCACUCGAACAUUCAGCCUGUUUACCAUUACAACUUUCUAAUGAAGAUCUGUUACUUAUAAAAUCAGAUUAUGAAAGUAAAUUUAGCUAUGCCUGGAUUGAUGACAUCUAAAACCAGCUUAACCAACAGUCUGCAUGAUACAUGAACCGACUUGUAACAAUUGUAGAAAUUCAUCA